GAUACUCUGCCAUAUUGAAUUUGUCGGGAGUAUGAUGUUCCAAGGGAUCGAAAUAUUUCUGUAAUAUUUUAUUGUGCCGUACAUUGUAUACUUAUUACGACAUAUUUUAAACUAUUUAUAAUAUUCACAAUUCGCAUCAGGAAAAAUGGCUUAUAAUUUCCCUGGAGUACCAACCGCAGCUAUGUCGCCAAUGGGUAUGGGUCCCAUGGGACCAUUAGGACCAAUCACAGGACCUCAAAGUUUCAUGGAACUUACUGGUCAAGGAUUUCCUCCUUUGCCACCACCUAUACCUCUUCCUGGAAUGAACGACUCGCCAUUAGAAUUCAGUACAAACAAAAAUCAACCCCCUGUUGUACGUGAAAGUUCAGAAGAUAACAAUGACAGACGAAAUGAUAAGAAUGACAACAGACGCGAACGAGACAGUCGCGAUGGUAGGGAAAAUCGAGAUAACAGUAGAAGAUCAAGAGGUGAUCGUAAUGAACGAAGGGAAAGAGAUCGAGAUAGAAGGGAAGAAAGAAAUGAAAGAGAUCGAAGAGAGGAUAGAAGAGUAGAAGAUAGAAGCAAUAAUAUUAAUUCAACGAGUAACAAUAGUAGUCAUAGCAGUUCAAAUAAUGCAGAUAUGCAAUCUAAUACAUCAAGCAGCACACCUAGUUUAGGACCACAAAUGGAAUCGGCAACAGGAGUUUGGGGAAUGGGUGUUGGAUAUCCUAUGAUGGGAAUGGGGCCAAUGGGACCAAUGGGUCCAAUGAUGGGUGAAAUGACAUUAGGUCCACAUAUGGGUCAUGCUCAUGGUUAUGGUCCAAUGAGUAUGGGAAUAAUGCCACAUGAUAGUGGUAUGAUAGGUACUCCAAUAUUAGGACCUGAACAAAUCAUGACAGAUACAGCUGCUCAAAUAAUGACUGGCGCAUUGCCACCACCAUCUGCUCCACCGCAAGGUACUAAGGACAUUAUACAUUGCAAAAGUUGUACAUUGCUUCCGCCAAAUCCAAAUGCACCACCGCCAACUACAAGAGAAAGACCUCCAGGAUGUAGAACUAUUUUUGUUGGAGGUUUGCCAGAAAACAUGACAGAGACAAUUAUUCAAGAAAUAUUUGAACGAUGUGGUGAAAUAACUACUUUACGUUUAUCUAAAAAGAAUUUUUGUCAUAUACGUUUUGUUUUGGAAGCUAGUGUCGACGCUGCUAUUUAUCUAUCUGGUUACAGAGUAAGAAUAGGUUCUAAUGGAGAUUCAGCUAAUACUGGAAGACUUCAUGUAGAUUUUGCACAAGCAAGAGAUGAUCAAUACGAAUGGGAGUGCAGGCAACGGCAAUUACAACGAGAACAGCGUCAUCGAGAGAGAGUAGAAAAGGAACGUCAGCGUCCACCAUCAAGUCCACCGCCUGUUGUCCAUUAUACAGAUCAUGAAGCUUCAAACAUAUGUGAGAAAAUCAAACAGGAUGACACUUUUAUGAAAGCUGUACAAGUUGUUGUAACAUGGCUCGAGCGUGGAGAUUGUACAAAACGCAAUGCCAAUACCUUUUACUCAAUGAUACAAUCAACAAAUUCUCACGUUCGGCGAUUACUCACGGAAAAAGCUGCAUAUGAAGAAGAACUGCAAAAAGCAAAGGAAGUCAUGAAAGGCAGAAUGCAAGGAUUGCUCAUACAGUUCAGUCAGAUCGAACGUGUCUUUACUGCGGCUAGCCACAAGAAGGUGUGGGAUCAUUUCACUAAGGCUCAACGGAAGAACAUCGAAAUGUGGAAGAAACAAUCUUCGGAAAUUAAAGCAGUUCAAUUAGAAGAAACUCUUAUGGAAGGGGAAGGUGAAAUGGAUGUCUCUGAUUGCGAAGAAGAACCACAGAGGAAAAAAACACGUAUUCAAUCUGAUAAUAAUGAUGAUAGUGAAAAAAUGCAAUCUUUAAAAGAAGAAAAUGAUAGUUUAAGAUGUCAGCUGGAAGCAUAUAAAAAUGAGGUUGAUUUAUUGAAGUCAGAAACAAAGUCAGAUAUUGAUGCAAAAGAUAAACAAAUGAAAAUGUUGCAACAAACAUUAAAAGGUAUGCAGGAACAACUAUUACAGUUUAGAAAGCAACAAGCACAAGAUGAUCAAAAAAUAAAAGAUUUGACUGUCAAACUUAAUGCCACCAAAAGAGAAGAACCUCGAGAGAGUGAAAUAAUAACUCUUGAUAAAGAUGAUGAUAUUAGUGAAGAACCUCGAACACCUAAACAAUUAAUUUUAGCAUCUAAUUUUGUACAAGUUACACAAAAAGAUGCCAAACUUAUAGGUUUGAUAGCUACCUUUUUGCAUAUUCAUCCAUUUGGUGCAAGUGUGGAUUAUCUAUGGUCAUAUUUACAAAAAUUAGAACCAGGAAUCAAACCAAAUGAAGUAGAAGUUUUAAUGCAAAGAUUUCCACAAGUUUUCAAACAAGAAUUAUUUGGAAUUGGAGCAAAUAUGGAAAGGCGGUGGCAAUUUUCUGGUUUUAGCGUUUAUCGAAACCAUUAGAAAUGAAACAUUUCUUUUAAUUAUCGAAUCAUCAUUAUUAUGAUGAUACAUACUUUUUAACUCCACGUAUUAUACAAUAAUAAUUAUUGUAUAUAAAUUUUAAUUGUUUUCUCAAUUUUAUAUUUCACAACUGAAAUUUAAAAUUAAUGUCUAUGUGAUAUUUGAGAGAAACAGCAUAUUAUCAAUUUGACGGUCGAACUUAUGUUCAAAAUUCUUUUAUCUUAAGGCGGCAUUUGUCCAAUAAUUUUCACGUGAUACCAACGUAAUGUCACCGGAUGGUAUAGUGUUUUAUGAUACGCAUAAUAAACAACGUAGUACGUUAUUAACUCUUUGAUUGCUAUGGACGAAUAUAUGCGUUCAGCGAAGGCUAUCGAUGUGAGACGAUUAAGAAAACUAGAUCAAAUUCAAACGUAAGGGAAACACUUUAACAUAUGCUGAGGCACGCAUAACACUUAAAGUUUAGUGCCCUAUUAGAUCACGAUUUCCAAUAACUCCUCUGAUGAGGUACGUUCCACAUCUAAGAUUAAAAUGAUCCCGAUUAGGGCAUGAUCUCAUGAAGACUCCUCAUAUAAGGCACAAAACAAAUUACUCUCUAAUAAGACUCGGCUUAAGAUGACUUCCGUAAAGGCUAAUUAAGAACUGAAUUACUACGGGUUCCUGAUUCUAUCUCAGGUUGUGUCUAGGACUCUUCGUCCAGAAAAGUGCUCAUUUCCUCUAGUAUUAGGGUUGAUGUCUGAUUGUCCACUCUCUGGUGUUCUUCUAUGAAAGAUGUCAUACCUUUUCUAGAGCUUCUUCCCACCAAAUAAGCCAGUAAAUCCAAUGACUAGUGGCCACUUGUAAUUUUCAGACUGCUUAAUGAGUUCAAAAUGCAAGAAUAAUUCAAUACUCGGUUUGCAUUCAAACAUUAGUAUGUCUGCAAUGUGAAUAAUUUCUUUGAACGCGUAUGUGUAUUCAAAGAUAUUUUCUAUCUUAUAUAUCCGAACAUGCAAGUUAUGGCGUUUUAAUACUUGAAUAUUUGUGAAACAACAAUAUACAUUGUAAAUGAGAAUGUUUCAUUUCGAUUUGCUGAUAAAAAGUAUAAUAUUACGCCUUCAGCGAUCGCAACUCAUGUAAAGUGUAUCAACUUAGAGCAUUUCAUGGUCAAAGGGUUAAUCAGUAGGAAAAAAAAAGUAAACAAUUAUAUUUAUUAGUGUGAUUUAAUACUAUAUCAAAGUUUCAUGGAUUUAUGAUAAUCUAAUGUACUUGUAUAACAUAUAAUUUUUUUCCCCUAUUUUCUUUCUUUUAAAUUUUAAUCAUACAUUGUUAAAAAAUUGAUCCCUUAAAAUCCAAAGAUAAUCUAACAAUUAUAAAUAUAACGCUACUCUAAUACAGUAUCUUUUUAAUAAGAAAUGCGUGUAUGUGUCACGUGUGUGUAUGUAGUUGUAUAUAUUUAUAUGAAUUCUUAUGUUCCCAUGAAUGUAAAUAAAUAAUUUAUAUUACAAAAUAUA